GCCAGUUGCUUUCUGUGUUUUACCCGUCCCAAACAGAAUAUCUGUCUUUGCUUCGUCAUCUUCAAAUCGGGUCCUGGCCAAUCUUUCCCAACGAUUCAAACAAAUUUUCCGACAAAAUUUGGAUCCUCGGGGAGGUGGGUCGAUGAGCUGAUUAAUUAUUUACUCCAGGACGAUGAGAUCGAUCCCUUCCCUCUUCUUGGAUUCCCGCGUCUUUCGUUCUACUCACAGUCUUGAUGGAACAAAAUAGAAAUUUAUCCCCUGCCGCCGAUGCACCCGAUCGAGAUAAUGCCAAAGUGAUAGAAUGGGAGGACUUCGAGCAUCACCUUGCGAGGCUGGUGAGUCUUUCUUCUGCCCUUUAUGAAGCGAAGCAGAAGAAGCGAUGUCUUCAACAGAAGCUCGACCACCUUAUUCAGGUCAAGGGUGAGUCAUUGAGUAGGUCAUAUGAACUUGAGGAGAUGCGUCAGAAACUUGAAUCAAGGAAAGCAAUGGUGGAGAAUGUGUCAAUGCAUUCCAGGAUUGCAAAGGAGGAUGCCACCAAGAAGAAAGAGCAGCUUGGUGUUGAAGUUGAAUCAUUAUUGGUGGCAGGAACAUCUCUUUCUGUAUCUAGAAGAAGGCUUCAGGAAUCAAAUAGGAUACUGUUUGAAGAAAAAGGUUAUGUUCAACUGAGAAAUUUGCAAAAGAUGUUAAGACUGAGGCAACAAUAUAUGGCAUUUCAAAUAUCAAUGCUAUAUCCUGUGAAGUUCUCGGUUGGACCUGCGCAAGAGCAAGAACUUGAAGCAUAUCCUGCUGGCAGCCUAGCGGGUAAUUCUGCUGAACUUAAACCUGUUAAUCAAGGAUCCUUAACAAUUCUGGGUCUGCAUUUGACUAUGUUGUCUUUUAAGAAGAUGAGCUUUUUUACUGAUAAAAAGGAAAUUCAAAAGUCUGCAACUGCCCUAGGAUAUGUUGCGCACGCUGUAUCACUUAUAGCGUCUUACUUGCAAGUUCCUUUGCGAUAUCCUGUACGAUUGGGUGGUUCUCGUUCAUAUAUUAUUGACAAUGCACCUUCAAAGGAUCUAGCAUUUUCAGAUUCUUCAUCAAGUACAAUGCCUAUUACAAACAGUAAGCACAUGUCAUUCCCUCUUUUUUUAGAGGGUCAAGACACAACAAGAGCAGCUUAUGCUGUAUUCUUGUUAAACAAGGAUUUAGAGCAGCUCUUGAAUUCCAUUGGUGCUAGGAGUUUGGGACCAAGUCAUGUUUUGGCUAAUUUGAGGGAGCUUUUAAGGAUCAUUCAGUCUUCAACAUUUAUAGACAGCAUGAUCUAGUGUUUUUGUUUCAACCGCCGACAACGCUGUAAAUUAAUUUUCCAUAUUCUUACCCUGGUGCAAUUUUCUAGGUGCACCUUCACAUGUAGCAUUGUUAGAUAUGAAAAUUGAAACAAACCACGUGUAAUUGAUUCGGUAUUCUUUCGAAAGGAUUCAAACAAAAUUUUUGUGAAGGACAUAAAGCUAGAUUCAUUCCUGCUGGGAUGAGAUUGCACUUUGUUUAGACACUUUUUUUCUCGUCUUAAAUGAGAGAGUUGUACUAUUCAUAAA